AUGACCAGUGAGGAGAAGCUGCCAAGUCUCAAACUCGACAUGGAUGCCGUGAGUUCAUCUCGCUCUCUUCGGCUUCAUCAUUUCUUUUCAGAUAGUGAGGAAGAAAUGGAUUCCAGUUCGUGUACUUGGGUCAGGAGCAUUUGGCAAAGUAGUGCACGUUAUGAACAUUCUUGACGGAACGGAGGCGGCGAUGAAAAUAGAGCGUCUGGAGGAUGGAAAGGACUCGAUGUUGAAAAUCGAGAGGGAAGUGAUGACUGCGCUCAAAGGACACCACCCGGCCAUCCAGUUGUACGACAGCGGCAAAGAGGGCGAUUACCGCUUCGUGAUAAUGACGUUGUGCGGGAUGGAUCUGCAGAAGGCGAGCUCACUUCUCAAAACGAGAUUCACGGAAUCAACCAUAAUACGAAUUGCAAUUCGAAGUCUACUCGCUAUAAAAACAGUGAGUUGAGUAGCAAACUUCAUUUUAAAAUGAGAAGUGUAGAUUCACGAAGCUGCUUACAUUCAUCGGGAUCUCAAACCGACAAAUGUGACGCUCGAUUACAAAGAAGAGUCUCCGGUGAUCUACUUGAUCGAUUUCGGGAUGGGGCGGCAGUUUGCUAUGAAAGACGAAAACAAAUGGAUCAUCCGCCAUCCGAGAGAAACCGUGAGGCAGAGAAGGAGCAGCUCGGCCGAAUGCCAUCCCUCUUUCAGUGUCGCUUUCGAGGGACCGUCCGUUAUUGUUCCCCUCGGAUGCAUCUCCGUCGUGAGCAAGGAAGAGUCGACGAUCUGUUUGCGUGGCUCUACAUGAUCAUCGAGCUGAAAGUGGACCUUCCGUGGGCAGAAGUCGUACAUCCGGAAAGGAUCGAAAUGCUCAAACAGGAGACGUUCGACAAGUUAAUCGCCAGUAAUACGUCAGUGACAGUUCUUCAUCCACGUUGAUCUCGAUCGAUAUUAUUCAGAUUCACCAAGUCGUUCGAGCCGAUCCUGGCGCAUAUAAAACUCUUGGGGUACUCGGAGCGUCCGAACUACUGGAUGAUCUACGAGACUCUGACGGCAAAAAUGAACGAGUUGAACGUGAAACACUCCGAUCCGAUGGAUUAUGACCGUCUGCGGAAAAGAUGUGAAGAGCUGGAUGCCGUUCAAAAAAAGUACAUGAGGAAGCCGCGGUCAAAGGAGAAAUUGAUGGAUGAGAAGGCGACUAUGACGAUGCUGGAUGAGAAGUUCCUGCCGAACGAAGAGUUGGAUGUGCCCGGGGGAGAUCAGUACGUCGUGCGUCCUCUUUUGAAGUUGCCCUGGGGAUCUGUCGGGGAGCCGGUCAGUGCGAUCUUUUGAAGAAUGAAAAUAUUGAACAUUUCAGGAUCCCAUAGAUGAAGAAGCACAAGAAGAAGAGAAGAAAAAGGAGAAGAGGGAAGAAGAGAGGCUGAAGAAAGAGGAAGAGAAGGCGAAAAGGGAGAAGGAGGAGAAGAAGAAGAAAGAGGAGAAGGAGAAAGAAAAUCGCAAGUCGAAGGAUAAGGAGAAGAAAACGGACAGAUCAAAAGAGUCUAAGCGUCGUGGCAAAGAGAAGGAGCCGAGCACUCAGAAAGGAUCGGAACGACGCUCGAAGGAGGGGAAAGAGGCGGAACCGAAGACGACGAAGAACGGCAGCGAAACGGCGAAGAAGGUGAAGAAGGCUUCGAAUAACACGAAGAAAACGAAAAAGAAGGAUGUGAAGGAUCAGAAAGAACGUCCGGAGGUGUCGGUCACUUCGAAGAGGAUGCCACUGACGCCAGCGACGACUCCAGGGAGCACGAAGAGAAAGUCAAAGUGA